UUUAGAUUUUCAGUCGGUCGAAGAAGUUUAGCUGGAUCUUCUCGUUGUUGAUCACAGUGAGGAAGAAGGGAUUCGGGCCGCUUCUGUAGCCAUUAUCGAGAAUUCUUGCACCUCGUGGGGGAUAUGGAGACUGGAGGCAAUUCAUUACCAUCUGGGCCUGAUGGCGUGAAGAGGAAAGUCAGCUAUUUCUACGACCCUGAGGUUGGGAAUUACUAUUAUGGGCAAGGUCACCCAAUGAAGCCGCAUCGCAUCCGAAUGACGCAUGCCCUUCUCGCUCAUUAUGGCUUACUCCAGCAUAUGCAGGUUUUCAAGCCUGUUCCUGCUCGGGAUAAAGUCCUUUGCAGAUUUCACGCUGAUGAUUAUGUGGCGUUUCUUAAAAGUAUUACCCCUGAAACGCAGCAAGACCAGCUGAGACAGCUUAAGCGCUUCAAUGUCGGUGAGGACUGUCCGGUCUUUGAUGGCCUCUACUCUUUCUGUCAAACUUAUGCUGGUGGAUCUGUUGGUGGUGCUGUUAAGUUAAACCAUAAGGUUUGUGAUAUUGCUGUCAAUUGGUCUGGUGGGCUACACCAUGCGAAGAAGUGCGAAGCAUCUGGAUUUUGUUAUGUCAAUGAUAUUGUUCUGGCGAUACUGGAGCUUCUUAAACAUUAUGAGCGUGUUUUAUAUGUUGACAUCGAUAUCCACCAUGGAGAUGGUGUGGAGGAGGCUUUUUACACAACCGACAGGGUCAUGACUGUAUCAUUCCACAAAUUUGGAGAUUAUUUUCCUGGUACAGGUGAUAUAAGAGACGUUGGUUAUGGAAAAGGAAAGUACUACUCCCUUAAUGUUCCUUUGGACGAUGGAAUUGAUGACGAGAGCUAUCAUUUCUUGUUCAAACCUAUAAUGGGAAAAGUUAUGGAAGUUUUUAAACCUGGAGCUGUUGUUCUCCAAUGUGGGGCUGACUCUCUUUCUGGAGAUAGGCUUGGAUGCUUUAACUUGUCAAUAAAAGGUCAUGCAGAGUGUGUUAGAUAUAUGAGAUCAUUCAAUGUGCCUCUAUUGUUACUUGGUGGGGGUGGCUACACCAUCCGUAAUGUUGCUCGAUGCUGGUGCUAUGAGACAGGAGUUGCACUUGGGAUGGAGGUUGAUGACAAAAUGCCACAACAUGAAUAUUACGAGUAUUUCGGUCCUGAUUACACUCUGCAUGUUGCUCCCAGUAAUAUGGAGAACAAAAAUACACACCAAAUGUUGGAAGAAAUACAGGGGAAGCUGCUUGAUUACCUCUCAAGGCUUCAGCAUGCACCCAGUGUUCAGUUUCAAGAAAGACCUCCUGAUACCGAACUCCCAGAGGCGGAUGAAGAUCGGGAGGACAAGGAUGAGAGACGGGAUCCAGAUUCAGAUAUGGAAGUUGAUGAUGAGAGAAAACCCAUCCCAAGCAGAGUUAAAAGAGAAACGGUUGAGUCUGAAAUCAAAGAUCCGGAAGUUAAUGUCGAUAGUACUAGAGGUUUAGAAAAAGCAGCAGCAGCCGAGGCUACAAGCGCAAAGGCUUUAGACAUCGGUUCUCUCAAAAUCGAAGACCCAGGCGUAAAGCUUGAAGAAACCAGCAAGCAGAAUGACCAAAUGUUACCCUAAUCUUUGAAAAGGGGUGGAGAAAAGGGAGGGAAUCAUUGAACGACUUACUCCAAGCAAAUAGAGGUGACUUUUGACCUUUGUUGCGUAGAUUUAUGUAGACUUGUACUCUUGGUAUAGUCGUAAAAAUCGUGCCGUGCCUCGAGUAUUUGUGUAUAAACUGAGUUAAGAUGGAUAAUCUUACUAUUUAGACCAGGUAUGGAUAAUUUGCUAAAUGUCAUGGUGGCAUUGGCAAAUCUUGACAUGUUAUGUGUAUUGAGGUUUCCUCGUGAAUCACCAUGAAUCAGAAUAGAGGUUUUCAUGUGACUUGGAGCUAAUUAAUUUUUUACCU